AUGAAGGUCAAGUUUGUUGUUUAUACUGGGGGGAAGUGGGAUUUGAUUAACGGAAACAUUGAGUAUGUUACCGGUGUCGAUUCAAGGAGACGUGGUUUAGAAAUUGAAACAGAUCAUUCAUAUAAUAGUUUUUUAAACUAUGUUUCUAAGAUGUGUGAUACUCCAAACAUUACACGGUUGUCAUACCGGAUGUCUACGUUUACUGAUCCCAUCGAUAUUAUUAAUGAUCGAGAUGUUAGAUUUUUUUUUGAUCAGGCGAUGCAGAAUCCUUUUGAAUUAUAUAAAUUAUAUGUUAUUCAAGAGUCUGAUGUUGGUUCAUCUGGUUUGUCUUGUUUAAACAAUUUAAAAGCUCCAGAUCUAAAUAUUCCAUUAAAAGAAAGUUUUGAUAUUUUAAACGAUGAGUGUCCAAAUUUAGAAAAAAAUUAUGAAAAAUCUUUAACGUCUCACAACCAAUCAGGUUCUUCAUCUAUAGUGUUCGAUGCCGGUCAUAUAUUCAAUAACAAAGAAGAGAUGAAGCUCGAGUUGGGAAAGAAAUCUUUGUUAGAGCAUUUCGAGUUUAAAGUUGAUAGAUCAUCUAAGACGCGGUAUGAAGUUUCAUGCCUAGGUGAUGGUUGUGAAUGGCGAUUUAAGGCUCAUGCUAUUCCUUGUGGCAAUUUAUGGUUUGUUAAACAUAUGAACGAUAGUCACACCUGUUCGAAGACGCAAACACACCCACAUUUUCGUCAGGCUAACCCAAAGGUUUUGGGUCACUUUUUGAAGGAACAACUAAAAGACAGUGGUAGGAUAUAUCGAGCGAAAGAGAUUGUCAAAGAUUUUAGACAAAGGUUCGAGGUUGAGAUAACAAACCUUCAAGCUUGGCGUGGUAAAAGCUAUGCACUUGAACUACUACAAGGAACUACACGAGACUCUUUUGCGGAACUACCAAUAUAUUGUUACAAUUUAAAACUUGCAAAUCCUGGAAGCGUUACACACAUCUUGGUUGAUGAGCAGAGUCGUUUUGAAAUGGUUUUUGUUGCUUUAGGGGCGGCGAUUCGUAGCUUUAUGUUAAAUCUAAGACCUGUUGUUAUCAUUGACGCGGCACACCUAAAGGGUGAAUUUAAAGGGACGUUGUUUUUAGCAGUGGGCAUGGAUGGAAAUAAUCAGAUUUUACCGCUUGCUUAUGGCAUUGGAAAAUCAGAGGAUGGUGAAUCUUGGACAUGGUUUCUCUCAAAGCUUAGAGAUUGUGUUGGUGAAAUAGCAGAUAUGGCGAUCAUUUCGGAUAGGGCGAAUUCGAUACAUGUGGGUGUUAGGAAUGUGUUUCCACGUGUGUACCACGGCCUGUGUUGUCGUCAUUUAAUGAUGAAUUUACGUUUGCCGUCGUCUAAAAAAAAAGAGUACGAGGCACUAUGGUGGAAGACGUGUAAAUCUUAUCGGAUGUCUGACUUUACCGAGUCAUUUAAUGCCUUGUGUCUUGCUGUUCCUCGAAUACGCCAGGUUUUAACAAAUAUUGGGUUUGGUAGAUGGGCAAGAGCUCAUUGUCCCGGCAAUCGAUACCACUAUAUGACAUCUAAUAGUGCGGAGUCUAUAAACUCUUUGUCUAGAUUCUCGCGUAAGAUGCCGAUAACGCAACUUAUCGAAUUUUUCCGCGAGUCUGUACAAAAAUGGUUUUAUGACCGUCGAUUGCAGGGCAUGCAGGAGAGCCAUUCACUUACUCAGUGGGCACAGAAGAAAAUUUUAAAGAAAAUUGAAGGGUCUAGAACCUGGACUGUUGCAGGCAUCCGGCAAGUUUCGGGUUUACCUUGUGGGCAUGUGAUUGCUGUUUCAAGAUUUUUGGGUGAACCUGACUGUAGUCAUUAUGCUUUCUCGUGUUACUCAAACGAAGUAUACAAAAAAACGUAUGAAGAAUCGAUUAAUCCUCUGCCUCAUAGGUCUGAAUGGGUAAUACCAGAAGGCCUUGGCAGUGUUUUACCGCCGAAUAUUACAAAACGUCAAUCAGGUCGUCCAAAAGAAAACAACAGAAUCUUGUCUCGUGGGGAAGAACCUGUUCCGGUAUAUUGUUCGCGUUGCCGAACAUACGGACAUGUUCGUGACGUUUGUUUAGAUCCAAUGAAAUCACAGAUUCGUUCACGAAAAUCAUCAGCAAAAGGAAAAGAGAAAGAGACAGAAACCCAGAGUUCAACGGAUGACAUUUUUCCAUCUUAUAAUUUAGCAGAAUUUUAG